UUUCAUGUCGAGUCGCAUGGAGUGUCAGUGAUGGUAGGCGAUUCUGUCACUCUGGACUCUAACGCUUCAGAAAUAGAGCUGAGGAGUGAGAUCGAGUGGAGGUUUAAUGGCAUUCUCAUCGCUAAAGUUAUUAUGGGCAACCUCACCUAUCAUGAUUAUACGAGAUUCAAAGACAGACUGACGCUGGCCAGAAACGGAUCACUCACAAUCAAAGACAGCAGAGUAACAGACACUGGAGGAUAUGAAUUGAGUAUUACUAGUAAUAGGGAGUCUGUCAAGAGAUUCAGUGUAACUGUUUAUGCUCCACUAUCCAUUCCUGUCGUUACCAGUGACAUUUCACAGUGUUCAUCAGGCUCAGAAUGUUCGCUGCUGUGUUCAGUGGUGAAUGUGGAAUAUCAGGAGAAAAACAGCUACAGUUGUGUGAUCAACAAUCCCAUCAGCAACAAGACCAAACACGUCUGCAUUACCGAUCUCUGUCGUUUGUGUUCAGUUCCCUCUUCAGAUGAAGUCCAUUAUGGCGGAGGGACUGAACCUGUGAUCCGAUUGGUCGUCACUGCUGUGGUGGGUCUGGCUGCUGUGGCUGCGUUCAUUGUGCUGGUUUAUGACAUCAGAUCCAGAAGAGAUGAACAGGAUCAAUAAUGAAUGGAUCAAAACAAUAAUGAAUCCUUUUCACAGACUAUGAUGAUGUGUUUCUAGUUAGGUU